UUUGGGGUGAAAAAGUGGGAUUUUGGGGUCUCUGAGAAGAGAGAGAAGGGUUUAGGGGGUUCCAGAGUGGGGGGGGCACCGAUUUUGGGGUAAAAAAAGGAGGUUUUCGGGGUCUGUGAGUGGGUUUGGGUGUCCCCGAGUCAGGAACGGGGCAGAUUUUGGGGUGAAAAAGUGUGUUUUUGGGGGUCCUUAUGACCUCUAAUCCAUCAGGGGCCGCCAUGGCCACCGCCGACCCUCCUCUGGAGGAUCACCCCCUGGUGCUCCUGAGCGGCGCCACCCCCCAAGACCUGAGCUCUCACCCCUCUUUGGCUUCGCUUCUUCGCCACCUCACGACGCUUCUCGGCUCCGAAGGCCAAAGCCGACGCUUGGAGCGGGACCUGCGCCGGGCGGAAGCCGCUUUCCAGCUCCGGCGAGCGGCCUGGCUGCGCUGCGAGAGCCUCUGGAGGGCGAUUCACGAGGUGAUGCGCGACCCCCGGCGCUUGGAGCCCACCGUCCUGCGGGCGUUGGAGCGGACGAUCACCUCGGCCCUCCCCCCACCGCUGCCCCCCCUCCAGGACCCCUCCUCUCUCCUCGCCCGCCUCCCUCCCGGCCCUGGAGCGCCGUUUGGUGCUCCCAGUUUGGCGUUAGUGGCGGCGCUGAAGGAGGAAAAGCGUCGCCUGAAGAGCGCGAAGGAGCGCGAGCGCAGCCUGAGGAAGUGCUGGGGGCCCAGCGGAGAGCCUGCCUGCAGGCGCUGUGGGGGGGCGCUGAUGGGCGCCGGGGGCGCUCGGGGCUGCGCGGGGGGCGCGGGCGGCGCUGGACGAGCGUCGCAGCGAAUACCUCUGCGCCCGCGGAGCGGCCACACUGCUGCGCACCCGUCUGGAGGAGCUCUCGGUGCUGGUGGACACCUACCCCGGCCCCAAGCUGGAGGCGCACCGACACAUCAGGGCGUCGCUGGAGGCGUCGCUGUCGUCAUCGCGGCGGCGUCUGUCGGAGCUGCGGGCGUCGCUGGAGGCGCUGCGGGCGUUGGGUCCCUCCUUCGCCGCCGCCGCCGCCGAGUACGGGCGCCUGCGCGAGCGCCUCGCCCAGCGCACAUGGCCCUCCAGCACCUGCGCGACGCCCCCCACGGCCACUGACAACGCACUGGGAGCCACUGGGAGGCACUGGGAGGGACUGGGAGC